AUGGAGCACACUUCGACACAACGUUCACAAAUUGACGACAAUCAAGAUGAUGAGGGUGAGUUUGUCAUCGGAGACUACCUCGAUUUACCGGGAGAACAGAAGGAGAUUAGAGCAAUAUUCGACGAUAUUGUUGAACGCGCAAGGUCGAACAAGCUCAAUCUUGGUGACGAGGCGAACCGGCGAAGGUUUCGGAAAGAGAAUGGCGGCCAAUGGUUGUUGAAUGCUGAGGACAACAAGUCGCUUCUCCACUUGCUUGCCUACAGUUCCGCCAGUAGAGACUGCCUCCUCCUUUCGUUCAUGCUUAUUAACGAAGAUUCCGAUAUCCUAUCCUGGCAGGAUGACUAUAAGAGGACACCAUUUCAUGCUGCAAUAUCUCGAAAAAACUACAUCUGGUUGUUCCACGUCGGCGAUUACAUCUGUGCUCAAAAAGGCUGGGAUCUCGACAAUUUCUUACGUGUCACCUCCGAUGACACUGGAAACUGUUUGCAUGCGGCGUUCAAGCUUGCCUCUCCUGAGUUGAAAUACUACGUUAAAGCAAUCAGCUUAAUGGUCGAUCACGCCUCGAGAAGUACGCUGAGGAGCCAGGAUGAAAGGGGAUAUACUCCACUUCACCAUGCUGUUGCAUUCAAAAACUGCACCAAAGACCAAGUUCAAAUCGUCCAAAAGCUUCUUGAACGUGAAGGCAAGGCUCUUGAUUGUGUCACAGCUGGUCCGAAAAGAAUGUCGCCUUACCAGUAUCACGUAUCGACUCGGCACGAGGCCCAGCCACGUGCACAGGAUGAGUUCCCGACUCAACCCCAGGAUGAGUUCCCGACUCAACCCCAGGAUGAGUUCCAAGCUAGCCAGCCUUUCCUACAUGGAAACAUUCAGCCAGAUACUGGACUACAGAAGUUGGCAAUUAGAGGCGACGUGAUCGACAACGUGACUUCGAGCCCUCUGGGUAUCGACUCUGGUACGGGCGCAUCGAAACUCCCGAGUCUUGAGAUGCCAACCAUAUACAAUGUCGGGCAGCCCAAGAAAACGCAACCAUCGCUGGAAAUUGACCAACCUAGAAGCUCGGUCGUUCCAACUGCCGGUCCUAUGGCUUCACUGCAAGCUGAUAGCAGUAGCACGCUGAAAUCCAUGGACAAGCUACUGCUGAGACCCAAGGUGUUAGACACAGCUCUUAGGACGGGAGGGGGAAUCCAGGCGCAUCCGCUUUUAUCUCAGUCAAUUCCAUUCAAAGAGAGGAGGGGCUCCAUCACCAGCACAACAUUGGUCACUGAGGAAAGUGCGGACGAAAUGAAACGGAUGCUGGAGCUCUAUUGCCUGCGCAACAGAAGUCCUGCACAAGCUUCCAAGAUUCUUUAUGGCAGGAACGUUGACGACAAGCAGAUAUGUUUCGAAUAUUUUGAAGCCCCGGAGGAGAUUGUCGCCAAAGAUUUCAAAAUAACCUUCAACCAUGUGCAUUUUAACAAUAUCUUGCAGUAUGUCGCCAUUCCUCACAUCAAGGUCGAUCUCGACGACAACGAAGCAAAGUCUGUCGCUGGCCCGGGACGAAGAGAUGCUGUAUUCUUCCUCCGUUGGCUGAGAGGAAGAGGAGUAAAGCAAGUCCUCCGGGUCAUUGUUGAUGACCUUCCGCAGUCAGGCCCACUGCCAGCCCAUGAUGACGAGACGAUCGAAGAAGUCUUGAACGGAUUAGGUGUGGAAGAGCUUGACUGGAAAAAGUUGGAUCUAUGCCCCGAAACCAUCGGAUGUGUUGGCACCCAAUUGGAAAAAGUGCAUCUUUACUGGGGUGGGAGUAACGCCGUUCUUCGAGGAUGGAGCGAACAAAGUGGUCUUGCAGCUUUGGAUCACCUCACAAAUAAACCUCGAAUGAAACAGAAAGAUGGACGGACGAGUCGACAAAGUGAGAAUAUCAAGAAAUUCCAGCAGAGACUUGAGACCUACACUCGAGAAAAGAAGAUCAAGGUCCGCGUAGUUGAUGACCAGCGGUAUUUGAAACGGGGAGAAAUAAUGCCGCCUAGUAGAACUGGAGAUGAUACCGAAGCUGAACCACACAGGUGGAUCGAGUCCAUGAAGCAGUUCGCCGAGGUCAUUAUCAAUAUGCCUCAUCCGAACACGGACGACAAGAAAAUCCCCCCACAACUUAAACAAGACAUCAAAAUUGCAAUAAUCGACGACGGAGCCGAUAUCUCCCAGCUCCAGCUCAGGGGCAAUGUCGUGGGUGGACAAACGCUAUAUCAGGAAGAAAACAGACAGCACCCCUAUUGGUUCAGCAGCUCAGGCCACGGCACUGCAAUGGCCUCAUUGGUACAGCAAGUGUUUCCCCUCGUGAAGCUUUACAUUUUCCGCUUGGAAUCUCACUUCUCUGAAAGCGGAAAUAAGCUCAGCAUCAAAUCCGAAACCGCUGCCAUCAAACUUGCCAUCGCUCAUCAUGUUGACAUAAUAUCAAUGUCAUGGUCGCUACAACCAAAGGAUGACGACGAAGAAACUCGAAAGAGUCUCGAAGAUGCGGUGGGGGAGGCGUUCAACAACCAUAUCCUCAUGUUCUGUUCCGCGGCUGACGCAGGAGACACCAAAAAGGACAGCUACCCAAGCUACUAUUGCCGCGACAAGAUCAUCCGUAUCGGUGCGGCCGACGCAGCCGAACGGUCCUCCAAGUGGGUGGGCGACAGGAAAUCCGUGGACUUUGACUUCCUCCUCCCCGGCGUCAAGGUCAAACAUUACGUCAGUGCCGGUCUCCAGAUGAAAGACAGUCACUGUAUACUCGAUGGGUCCUCGAUCGCCACCGCAUUGGCUGCUGGACUAGCGGGACUGAUCUUGUAUUGCGUUCAGCUGGCCGCCAUCUGUACGCACGCGAACGAGGAGGAGCCGACACCCACAGCCCUGACGGUCAAGGACUAUGAGAAGCUCAAAUCUCUCGAGGUGAUGAAGAAUGCGUUUGAGAACAUAGGAGUAAACGACCAGUUCUUUAUCGAGAUUUGGCACCAGUUUGAUCCGGCGGCACAGAAGAUUGAAAACAGUCACUUUAACAAGGUCAAGUGGUCGGCGGUGGCGGCGAUGGCUCGGAAUUUGAUAAAUAAACACUAA